AUGGCGAAGCAGGGAAGCACUCCUAGCGAAUGUCUGACGAGCUACUAUGGAACGGAUUCGAAUGAUUCAACACUGGGUAUUUACCCCUGUCCCGGUCCUUCAGCGACUUCAAUAGUAGCAAAUCUAAACAGGAAGAGCCUGUCUACGCCCACUUCUGUUUCCGCAAUAAGUUGGGUACUCAAGCGACUAGAAUGGGACUGGAUCACAACACUUGAGUUGAUUGAAAAAAUACUGACUUUGAAGGAUGUUAUGAAUUAUGAAAAUUUGGGAUACUUAGUCGGCUACGCUUCAUUCACCAUUGAUAUUUUAACAAAUGCAACGAUCUUCGUCGAACUUAUUUGCAAACAAAAACACUACCAACGACUUAUACAACUCGAAUACGAAGUGGAUGCAUUACUGCAGCAGCAAACUGACAUCAAUUCAAUUGAGUCGAAUGUAUGGCGCAAAGUAUUCUACCAACUAAUCAUUCAUACCACCUGCGAUGCCUUACAUCUCGUCGUUGCAGCCAUGUAUUACAAGUCGCCAGUGUUCUACUUUAAUAUUCCAUUACUGACGGUGGCGCGUAUACGUUACGCACAAAUCACACUUUUUAUUGAGCGGCAAAAUCAACGCACACGUUGCUUGAUUCGUGCGCUCCUAGUGUUGGUUAAGGCAAAUCGUCCGAAACAUAAAUUCACCAGCGAUAUUUGGCAGCCGUAUGCUGUGUGGGAAUACGAUCAUUUAAAUUGGUUACGUCUGGUGCAGGGGCGCCUUUACGAGUUGUAUCAGGGUGUGAGCGAGUGUUUCGGUUGGUCUAUAAUUUCGUUGCUCUUCGGCGCAUUUUUCACCAUCGUAAGCAAUCUAUUUUGGUGCAUAGAAAUCUGGAAAUAUAAUUUCCAGCUUGGCCAGUUCGCAUACGAUGCGCUAAAUAUAUUGAGAGUAGGCACUUUCGCCGCAAUCCUGCUGACCGCAGCCGACAAUGCAAGGAGGAAGCACAUGCUGAUAAGCGGUCUCCUAUUCAAGCUACCAAAGCCGCUAGGCAACAAAGUUUACAAUGAUCUUGUCUCCAACAUUGCGCUGCAAUGUCUACAUCAGGGAUUUGGAAUCAGCGUCAAAGGAUUUUUCAACUUGAAUCUAUCGCUGCUGGGAGAUAUGAUCGCUUUAAUAGUUACACACCUGGUUAUACUUGUUCAAUUUUUACUCAGCGAGGAAGUUAUCAGGAAGAAAAUAUCUUCGUUCAAAUUCUUAAGCAAUACAACGGGUGGUACUUAA